GUUCCAAGUUGGAAAGAAAACUACUGUGCUUUGACCCGGUCAAACCCCAUAUUAGAAUGUGGCGCUACGUUGACUCCCUAUAAUUACCCCUCUUUGUCACGAUGCCGUCGACGGUCCUCCUCCCUUGUGCCAUUAGAAAUGGCGUGAGCUCAAGAGACACCUUCGGCCUCGAAGCUGCCUUCUCCCGUCCAUCGCAGGUUCCCUGAGAACAACGAUGGCUAGGUAAUUCCCGUCACAAGAGAGCAGCAGCUCACGGCAACCAUGGAUAAGGAAGGCGUCGAUCAGAAAGAGAAAAGCAACUCAGCUCCGUCAACUCCACGCCGGCUCGAUCCUCCAAAUGGCAGACGAACCAUCGUCGACUCCCCUUACAGGCACAUCCCCAGGCCACCUGAGAAGUCUCUCCCACACUAUCUCAAACCAACGAUAUGCUCCACCCAUUCCUCCAAGAACCAGCACCAGCCUUGUCAUGCUUCCCCGCCAUUCGCCGCCGCCAAUGGUAAACGCCUUCCGCAUAAGCUGAUGAUCCCCAGAGCUUCUCCGACGCCAUGCCCACCUCAAUUAAGCCCCACUUCCUCCAAGCACAGAGCAACACGGGCCCCUUCACUGUCACCUGUACACAAACUAGCCGUACGCAAUGAAGCGAACUCGGAGAAGGCAUCACCGAGUCCUCCUCUCAGAAAGACGAGAAGUCUCCCGUUGAAGAGGAACGAACAGCCUCAUGCCAAGGUCGCAGAAGCUGAGGCGACUCGGUCGACUUCACCAAAGAGCAGAGACAAAGAAGUUAAACACCCCAAGAGCUCCGAGAAGAGUGUUGUCGUCGCAGCAGGCAAGCAGAGAGCACGAGCGAAGUCGAUGUCCAUGACCUCCAUCGACAUGGCGGAAGGUACAAGAAAGCCAAGCGUCCGACGAUCUGGAAAGUUGGUGGCUGGACACGAACGCAAGGAGCAGGCGGCGACGGGUGAGAGGCUGAGGUGCAAGGGGAAGGCGGCGGUGAGGGAAGAGGAGGGCAAGGAGGUGAAGGGGAGAAAGGGGUCGCCGCCCGCCUCCAUCGCCGUCAAGGACGAGGCUGCUGCGGCGGCGGCGGCGAGGAGGAACAAGGUCAAAGCGCUGGUGGGAGCGUUCGAGACCGUCAUCUCGUUGCACGAGGAUGUGGGGGCGGAUGGUCAAGGAGGUCAACGCGGGGAGGGGGAGGAGUCAAAGAGGUGAUCCGGAUUGAACGACCCGCAGGAGGAAGGUGUUGACCGAGUCAACCUACGUGGACGAAGAACAGUGUGCUCGAGCGACUUGGCGACCAGUUUUCUUAUUCUCAUGAGGAGUUAUAUCUGAUGCUGCUGCUGUUAAUGUCUGUCUCUCAUGAGAUCCAUA